UGGGAGCAAUUUCUGACUUUGUUGCUGUAUACGGUCCAGGGCAGACUUGUUGCUCGCUCGCUCGCUCGCUGCGCUCACCUGACCGAGCACACGCACAUGAUAAAAAGGACUGAGAUUCAGUUCUUUCCAUUCCAGCAUGUCGGAGGUUGCGGCACUUCUUUCUGCACAGCAGUCCCUUAGACAGUGCUUUGAUGUUAUAGAACAGCAGCAAGAGGAAUGGAAACAUGUCCUAAUGGAGUGUGAGCCCUUAAUAAGCACAUUGAGUAACCUGGCUGAACAAUUGCAGGCCUGCCAGAAAGUUACUUUCACACAGACUCCUCUCGGUGGUUUCACUGAUCUACAGGAUCGACUCCGUUAUAAACUUGAGGCAGCUGUGGAUCUCACCCUGGAAAAGCUAAAUGAUAACAUGUGCACACUACAAAAAGUGAGGGACUCUGUGAGUCAGAAGGUGGGUUCUACCCUCUAUGUUUAUGAAGUGAAUGCAGAGGUACUGAGUCUUGAGGCCUCUCUUCAGCGCACUUCUCUUAGCCCUUCUAUAGCUGACAUGCUAGAGUGGUUGCAAGACAUAGAAAAAUAUUACAGAAACCAAUACUUGCAGCGGAGGCUGCUUUUGCAGUUGCACAAUGAUUGUUUGACAGAAAUGAAGAGUUUACCUCACUCUUGGGCAAAGUUGGAAGACAAUUCAUCGUCUAAGCAACAGUUUGUACAAGAUACAUUGCUAAAUGUAUCAUUUUUUCGUGAAGCCGCUUGAUACAACUGACUUCCUUUCAACACUGUCUUAAUUCGGGCAGUCACAGAUUUCUUUUCAAACUCUUUGCUCUGUGGAAACAAUGUGAAGUAUUUUUACUCCUGGUAAAUAAAUACAGUUUCACAGAUGCUGUUUGCCACUUCAAUACAGACUUGAAAGGCUGGAUAUUUCUUAAUUUUGGGGAUUUUUAGCAGAAGACUUCUGGUCUAUGUGUUUUUUACUUUCAGUGUGAAACGCAAUAUAUGUUUUCUAUUCAUUAACUUGAAGAGACCAAUACCUCAGUAAAAACAUCUUCAAUUGCCAAUCACAAACUUCAAAAGCGAGAAGCAAUUUGUUUCAAAAUGUGUAUGGAACAAUAUAUGGGUGUAAUAACGUUUUUCUGUUUUGAAAAUUUCCCUUUAUAAGUAAAGACUUUUGUUGUAAAAAAAAUAAAAAAUAAAGUAUUUAUUUACAUAAAGAA